AUGCAGGCUCAGCGUGGACACCUUGACCGCGCCAAUGGCGACCUCGAAGUCGGUGUCGCCGACCUCCUCCAGCAGCGACCCGCCGCCCACCACAGCGCGCCGAUCCCGGCUCCCCCGACCUGGCUCGUCAACUGGGAGCGCAAGCGCCCUGCGCUCCUCAUGGAGUGCAUCGCGGAGUGCAUCGGCGUAUUCUUCUACGUCUUCGCGGGCAUUGGCGCGUCGGCGGCGUUCCUCGUCACGACCGCGGCGCAGGAGCCCGGCUACGGUUCCCUCCUCACGAUCGCGUUCGCCUACGCCUUCGGCAUCGCUUUCGCCAUCAUCGUCGCCGCGCCGACCUCGGGAGGCCACCUUUCGCCCUCCUUCACUGUGGCCUUCUGUGUGUUCAAGGGCUUCCCCAUCAGGAAGGUGCCGUUCUACAUCUUCUCGCAGCUCCUCGGCGGGUUCCUCGCAACCCUCGCCGUCUACGGCAUCUACAACCAGCAGUUCAAGGAGGUCGUCGCCGCUCUCGAGGUCGUCAAGCCCGCCCAGAUCUUCUCGCCGGCAGGCCCCGCCGGCAUCCUCGCGCUGUUCCCGGGCGUCGGCCAGGAGCUGAGGUGGGCGUUCCUCAACGAGGUCAUCGCCAACCUCUUCCUUUCGAUCCUCGUCUUCUCGGUCCUCGACCUGUGCAACUUCUUCGUCGCCCUCCCUUCCGCCCCGUGGACCAUCGGCCUCGGCUACUUCGUCAUCAUUGCCGGGUUCGCUGUCAACUCGGUCUCGCUCAACGCCGCUCGCGACGUCGGUGGCCGGUUCGCGUGCGCCGCCAUUUACGGCUCCAAGUGCUUCACUGCGUCGUCGGGCUACACUGCGCUCGCCGCCUUGACUACGUUCCCCGUCACUCUCGUCGGCGCCCUCAUCCACACCCUCUUCCUGUCGGACACGGCGCGCAUGAUCGUCAACGGGCCGCCGGCCAUGGCCGACCAGAUCUCGAUUGCCAACGAGCAGCGCGGCUUCAGCUCGGCGACGCGCGCCCUCACUCGCGAGUCGGUCUGGCGCGACAACGGCUCGCCGACCAAGCAGUAA